AUGGCCGAAGCUCUGCUGUGGCCCACACCUCCCCCGGAAGCGUCUGUGGAUGACGAUCCGGAGCAGAAUGAGAGCUACGCACCGCCUCCCGUGGUGCCGGCGCCUGCGCGGACCUUCAACUUGUUCCACUACAUCAAUACCACCUCUCUGCGCAACAGCAUGGCGGACGUCGAGCCCGACCCGGAAGACCCGGACGUCCAGCGCCUGGUCGCGAAUCGCAAUUUUGUUAUCCGGACUCUGGUCUACAUUCACCUAUGCAGUGCACUGGUUGCCUGCGGGCUGAUCGUCUGGACUGUAGUGGGCUACGAGAUACGUCUGUAUGAGCACCAAAGGAGCCCGUCCCAGUGCUUGCUUCUCUUCUGGCUCGUUCGUAUGCUGGUGAAUGUGUGUUUGAACGUCUGGGCCAUUCGUUAUCACUGCCACAACUUGCCGGACCCUAAAGCAUGGUUGUUCUGCAUGAAGCUAUACAACGCGGGGUCAAUCUUAUGGCUGGUCUCCGCUGUGUGGUAUACCAUGCUCUACCCAAGGGAAACUCUUUGGUCCUUCUCAUGUAGGAUGUGCUACUUCAUGAUUUGGAUGACAAUCCUUGGCUAUUUCAGCCCCAGGAUGGCCUUGGACCUCUGCACGCUAUUUCUCUCUCUGAUCGUAUUCGGCCUGAUUCGCAUCAGGGCGCAGGGCAGCUUGACGCCUGGUCUGACGAGGAAGAUGAUGGCAAAGCUGGAGGUUGAUAGGUUCGAGAAUGUUGCGGAACGCAUUAAGAAUGGGGAGACCAGGGCAAUGUCCCCAGGCUGCUCGCGCGCUGAUACCCCCAAUGAAUCAGGUGACGCAGGCAUGGCGGUGCCGAUUCCAGUCGGCGAAUCUGCGGACAGCAAAAACGCUAGUGCCGCACCCACACCCAGACCCGCGGCUACCAAUGCGGUGGCAGUUUUGGACCGCCUGUGCGCCAUAUGCAUUGUGGAAAUCACGGACCGCGAGAAGAUCUACGUGAUGCCCUGCGACAUACGUCACCUGUUCCACCGGGACUGCCUUAAGAAGUGGUUUAAACGAAGUCGCAUAUGCCCCAUAUGCCGUGUCAACGUCGCUGACGUUAUCAGAAAGGACAACGCGAAACUGCAGUUGGGUACCACAGUAUUAUAG